CGGCUGAGCAGCCGCGUCCCGCCCUUCCCGCUGCCCCUGGAGCCCGCCACGCAGCAGCUCCUGUGGGCGGCCCUGAGCGCCCAGCCCGACCUCAGCUUCUACCUGCUGCCGCGGGAGCGGCCCCCGCUCCGCCUGCACGACCGGUAUGAAGAAAUAGAUCUUGAAACAGGAAUACUGGAGACUAAAAGAGACCCUGUCCCUCUAGAUGAUAUUUAUCCUGUCCAUAUGAUUUUGGAUAACAAGGAUGGUAUACAGGGUUCAUGCCAAUAUUUUAAGGAGAGACUAAAUUAUACUGAUCAAAUUAGGACCAAGGAUUUGCAGCCUUGUUAUACAUACACUGAAGCCUAUGAAAAGUGGGGGGAGAAACUAGUCAUCGUUGCUUCACAGGAUCUGCGCUAUAGGACCCUAAUUGGCUGGGAAGGAGAUCCAGAUUUAAAACUUCCAGACUUCUCCUACUGCAUUUUGGAGCGUUUAGGUCGUUCAAGAUGGCAAGGGGAACUUCAGAGAGACCUUCACAGUGGGGCUUUCAAGGUGGAUGCUGGUAAAAUUCAUUAUCACAGAAGAGUAUUAGACAGAAAUGGUCUCAUUUCAAUGCAGUCCCAUGUCAUAAGAUUACCGAGUGGAACUCAGCAACAUUCAAUUCUUCUGCUUUUGAACCGCUUUCAUGUUGACAGGAGAAGCAAAUAUGAUAUUCUUAUGGAGAAGCUCUCAAGUGUGCUGAGCACUCGACCAAACAAAAUGGACACUUUGGGGAACCUGAGGGAAGAACUGGGUCUGUGUGAAAGAACAUUCAAGCGUCUGUAUCAAUAUAUGAUGAAUGCUGGCCUGGCCAAAGUAUUAACUACCCCAUUACAGGACAUGAAUCCUGACGGUGGGCCCUAUAAGACAAAGAAAGGGACUGAUGUUAUGGUCCGAUGCCUCAAAUUAGUAAGGGAAUUUCGAAAGAAAAUGGAUGAUUAUCAUGAUGAUGAUGAGGAAGAGAUGAUCACCAAAGCUGUCCAGCCUGUAGAUAUUAUUUAUGAGAGGGAUAUGCUGACACAGGCUUAUGAGCUAAUUGAAAGUAGAGGAACCAAAGGUAUUUCUCAGGCAGAAAUUCGAUCGGCUAUGAAUGUGGGAAAGCUAGAAGCACGGAUGCUCUGUCGUCUUCUAGAGAGAUAUAAAGUUGUCAAGGGAUUUAUGGAAGAUGAAGGUCGGCAGCGAAUGACAAAAUAUAUUUCACACGUUUUUGCAGAAGAGAGUGAUUUAAACCGUCAGUUUGAGAGGGAGAAGGCCCGAAGUGAACAGUUAGCAACAGUCAGCUUGGCUCUAGUGCAUGAAGACUCCCUGCCUGAGGAAGAACUGUCUCCUGUAGAAGACGAUACUUUCCUCUCAGAGUCAGAUAAUGAAGAAGAGACAAAAUACAGUAAGAAACGGGAAAAGGGAGUGAAGGCCAACUCAGAUUCGCUGCUGAAAUUGAGCUUCAGAGAUGGCUCCAAUCAUUCAACACCAGCUAAAGGCUGCAAGUCCCAAACCACAAAGACCUCCAUAAAGAAGCUGCCUUCUCCCUGCCUGCUUGAAGAUCCUGACGAGCUCCCUGAUGGCUUUGCAGAGGAGGAUUCUAGUUUGGACACUCUAAAGCAGGAAUCGUAUCUCUCUCUAGCCUCCCAUUCCUUAAAUGAAGAUGGGGAUAUGGCUGUCAUUGAGGAGGUUAGACUUGAAGAUCCUAAGAAGAACUCUGAGCAAAAGAAGGAAAAGCGGUCCAGAACCACUGCAGUGGAGAGAUCUCAUGAAACAUACCGGCUACUAAAGCGCCGAAAUCUCAUCGUAGAAGCAGUCCGAAACCUCCGCUUAAUCGAAAGCUUGUUCACGCUUCAGAAAAUGAUCAUGGAUCAGGAGAAACAAGAAGGUGUUUCCACCAAAUGCUGCAAGAAGUCCAUAAUUCGACUGGUACACAAGCUUUCCCAAGAAGGGCUCCUCAGACUCUACCGCACAACAGUCAUUCAAGAUGGCAUUAGCAAAAAGGUAGAGUUUGUAGUUCAUCCUUCAGUGAAUCCUAAUGACCCCUUGGUGAAAAGUGCCAUUGAACAAGUGCGUUUCCGGAUCUCCAACUCAAGCACAGCAAACAGGAUUAAAGUUCCCCAGACACCAACAUCCCAAGAGCAUUUAGAAGAAGAUAGCCUGGGGCAAGAGUCUGCUGUAUCCGGGGAAAUGCAAGGAACCUCUCCUAAUGGUGAAAAUAAUGGGCAGGCAAGGAAAACUGAUGAGAAAAUGGGCAUAAUGCAGCUAAAAAAUUAUCACCCUGUUACAGUUCCAGGACUUGGGCGUUCCCUUGGUUUUCUUCCCAAAAUGCCUCGUUUAAGAAUGGUCCACAUUUUCCUCUGGUACUUAAUUUAUGGACAUCCUUUAAAUGGGCAGCGAAAGAAAGCAAGCUGUGAUGGUGAGAAAAGAGGAAGCUUGCAGGGACUGGACACACACACUGUUAUAACUCAGACCCAUCCAAGUGCAUCAGGAGACCAUGAGGCUGCAGCAGAAACAAAAUCAGAGUUUUCAGGUGCUGGAGUCCCAUGGGAAGCAAGACUGAAGGGAAAAACAACUGAGGAGAUGUAUGUGAAUGAUACUUCGUGGAUGCGCUUCGUCCCUCCUCUCCCAGCUCACAGGGAAUUUGGGUAUGGCUGGGCUCUUGUUAGUGACAUUCUUCUUUGCCUACCCCUCUCCGUCUUUGUCCAGAUCGUGCAAGUCAGCUACAAGGUGGAUGGUCUUGAAGAUUUUUUAAACAAUCCUCUUAAAAAACACAUACUGAUCAGAUUUCUUCCGAGGUCAGUCCGACAGCAGCUUCUUUAUAAAAGGAGAUACAUCUUUUCAGUGGUGGAAAACCUGCAGAGGUUAUGUUAUAUGGGGCUGCUGCAGUUUGGUCCAACCGAGAAAUUCCAAGAUAAAGAUCAGGUCUUCGUCUAUAUGAAGAGAAAUGCCAUGAUUAUUGAUACUACUAUCUGCGACCCUCACUAUAACCUGGCUCAAAGCAGCCGCCCAUUUGAAAGACGUUUAUAUGUUUUGAACACCAUGCAGGACGUAGAAAACUUUUGGUUUGAUUUGCAGUGUGUCUGCCUGAACACUCCAUUAGGAGUUGUCCGCCAUCCGCGUUCAAAAAGAAGUAUCCUUCAGGGUGAGGAGGCUGGCACCGUGCUGGAUGUGCAGAGGGAACAGGAGUCGGCAGUAGAUAAACACAACCUUGAGCGAAAGUGUGCAAUGCUGGAAUAUACCUCAGGAAGUCGAGAGGUGGUAGAUGAUGGAUCUAUUCCUGGGGAUGGGAUGGGAGCUGGAGGUCUGGAUUCCAGCUUUUAUGGACAUUUAAAACGCAAUUGGAUCUGGACAAGCUAUAUCCUUAAUAAAAAUAGGAAGGAAAAUACUGUUCCUGAAAAUGGACUUACAACGAGACUCCAGACUUUCUUAACAAAACACCCCCUUCCACUCAGUACUGGAGGCAAUAAAAUAAACAUUUUGGGAGAUGCGAAGGAAGGAUCAAAGUCCCCCGGGCAGAAGGAAGAGUGUAUUGAGAUUGGUAAAGAAGCAACAGAGGGCAGAACCAAGAGAGUGAAGGGUGGAAAAAGCCAGAAACGUAAGAGGCUGAAGAAAGACACUGGGAAGAAGACAAGGAAGAAAAAGAAAGCGGAGUCUGUAGAAAACAAUAAAAAGCUACGCUACCAUGAUGAGACUGAUCAGAGCGCCCUGCUGAGAAUGACGCGCCUGCGUGUCACCUGGACUGUGCAAGAAGACAGCCUGCUCAUGCUGUGUCGAAUUGCCAGUAACGUGCUAAACACAAAGGUGAAAGGACCGUUUGUUCCAUGGCAGGUUGUCCGAGAUAUCAUGCAUGCCAGCUUUGAAGAAUCUUUAGAUAAAACUUCUCUUUCUGUUGGCCGAAGAGCUCGCUACAUUGUCAAAAACCCGCAAACUUAUCUUAAUUAUAAAGUUUGCCUUGCUGAAGUGUACCAAGAUAAAGGUCUUAUUGAGGAUUUCAUGAAGAGGGAAAGUAACUACCAAGACCCACAGGUGUGUGCAAAAGAGUUUAAAGAGUUUGUGGAGAGACUUAAAGAGAAAUUCAGCUCAACCCUAGGGAAUCCCAAACUUGAAAUUCCAGAUUCACUGCAGGAGCUGUAUUGCAGGUUCAGAGUUUUGGCCAUUGGAGAGGACACAAAUCAAAGCAUCAAACAGGAUGCUCUCAACACUAUUUAUGAUAUUCACUUCCUGGUACUCCAGAACCUAAUUCAGAGCACGUUGGCACUUUCAGAUAAUCAAAUGAAGUCCUGCCAGUCAUUUCAGACUUUUCGACUGUACCGUGAGUACAGGGAUGACGUUCUUGUGAAGGCUUUUUUAGAAUGUCAGAAGAGAAGUUUGGUCAAUCGCCGUCGGGUUAAUCAUACCCUAGGUCCAAAGAAAAGCCGGGCAUUGCCCUUUGUGCCUAUGUCAUAUCAACUAUCUCAAAGCUACUACAGAGUCUUCAUAUGGCGGUUUCCCAGUACAAUUUGUACCGAAUCCUUCCAAUUCCUAGAGAAGCUCAAGGAAGCUGGAAAAUCAGAUGAGCCAGAUAACUUUUCAUUCAAGGAUCAAGAAGCCACAGAUUCAUCAGGCAUGCUAGCUUUUCCAAUGGACGGCCCAGGAGGUCAAUGUAUCGCAGUUCUUUCCCUGUUCUCCCUGGGUCUUAUUUCAGUGGAUGUAAGGAUCCCUGAGCAAAUAGUUGUGGUAGACAGCACGAUGGUGGAGAAUGAAGUCAUCAAAAGUUUGGGAAAAGAUGGUCUUGAGGAUGACGAUGACGACGAUGAUGACUUGGAUGAGAACUCUGGAAACAAACGGAAAAUAGAGGUAAAAGCUCGUCAAGCAUCUCAUACCAAUUACUUACUCAUGAGAGGAUAUUGCGCACCAGGAAUCGUCAGCACACGCAAUUUGAACCCCAACGACAAUAUUGUGGUCAAUUCUUGCCAAGUGAAACUCAAGCUGAGAUGUGUCCCAAUGCCAGGAAGGCUCAGUUCCCAAGUUCCUUCCGUAAUUGAUGACCUGGCUGUCGGAAUCUCCUGCCUUCCUAACGCUUUUACCAGGCUGCUCAAAGUCCAGGAAGCCACAUAUGACGCAGAUCAGUUUCUCCUCCGGUGUUCGGAGUAUUACAGGUAUAAUGCUAAAGAUGUGUCUGCGGCCCUGGAGAUUCGUAAUGCCAUUGAAGCAUCCUCCUACUUCGGGAUUGACAAGACAGAGCUGGGUAAACAAUUCCACUGCUAUGAAGAAGCUGACACUGAGCGCACCAGGAGUUUACAGCAGUAUAUUCAGGACCUCCUCAAGCUAGAAGAGGUGUUAGAAGUGGGAGGGAACACCAUCCGACUGGUUGCAAUGACGUUUGCCACGCACUGGCUCUUGCAUUCAGUGUGUCUGAAAAACAAAAGUGGUGGUGCUGAUCUGCAGGAUGAAGACUCCAUCACUCACUUUGAUUUGCUGCAGGCCUCUCAGCAACCAGGGCCAGAGAAAGAGUUGGAGUCUUCGAGGGAGGAGAGAGAGCCUGGAAAAGCCAUAAGACCUGUUGUCAGUGAUGAAGGACCCUCAAGAAAAAAAUUGAAGACUCUACAUGGUGAGCUUCAAGAUGGCACCGAUUCACCUCAGGACGUGAAGAGCUGUUCAGAAGCAGCAAGUUUAACUGAGCCCAUGCAGGUGAAAGAGGAGUUAAUUGCACGUGAAGGAACAGGUCCUUUCAAAGAGAAGACAGGAUACCACCCUGCGCAAGCACCAGAAUCUGUCACUGAUCAAGAACAAGAUAAAGCCACUUUCAAAGAGCAAGGGACUGCAGUAGAUGAUAGUGUUGCCGCUAAUGAAGAGGAAAAGCAGAUAUCUAGCUUUGAACAUACAAUGAAAGAUACAGCUUUGAACAUGUCUCCUGAAGAUGCAUCUCACCAUCAGGAUGAAAUCUGCAAAGAAGAUUCCAUGACGAAUCUAUCCCAGGAAGCACGGGAAAGAGCCUGUGAGAAGGUCUGUUUCAUUGGGAGGCCCUGGCGAAUUGUGGACGGGACGCUGAAUAAGCCAGUGUGUAAGGGAAUGAUGGAAGCUGUGCUCUAUCACAUCAUGACCAAGCCUGGCAUAACAGAAAACACCUUGAUGCAACAUUAUGUGGGGGUUCUUCAGCCUGUUUCUGUCUUGGAGAUAUUACAGGGGCUGGAAGCACUUGGUUGCAUCAGAAGAUUCUUCAUGAAAAAGCCCUUGUCAGUCUCUCUUUUCUCUCGGCCUGUUGCUGAAGAGCUAACUGACUCCAAACUGAGUGAGACUCUAACAGUAUUUUAUGAGCCCACCAUAGACUGUGCUCUGAGAAUGGGCAGAGUAUUCCCAUACGAAGUCAACUGGAAUAAAUGGGUGCAGAUGAUCCAUUUAUAAGAGAUGGCAUGGUGCGUCAUGCCAGCUUGGCCAUCCUUUAUUGGUGAAUGCUAAUGGAGGUGAAACUUCUGGUGUCCCCCGUAACUUGUGUUCUGUCAUUUUGUAAUGUUUUGUUAAAUAAAUUUUUAUUUCUGCUUGGGAAUUA